AUGUCGGCCAAACAGCUGAGUAGCGGAACCCUCAGCUUGAAAUUUAUGCAAAAUGCGCAACGCGCAAAACAACUCAAAGAAGUAGUGCUCGAAAGAGCCCACGUCGAAGAUGACGGGCAGUGGGAGAUCGCGAAGGAAAUAAGAGAAUCCUGGGGUUCUACAGAGUCUAAUGAUACCGUCGUCUAUGAAUCGUCUUAUCUGCCAUUUAUUUUCCCAUCCACACCAUCUUCAAGCUCUGCUGAUGACAUACCGAAAGGACGACGGGUAUUCAAGCGAGGUAAGGAAGUCAAGGCAACAAUAGAAUCUUCGUCCCCAGUAAAGACGGAGACACCUGUUCCUCCCGCUGAUUCCGCCUCAGAUCCUUCUGUGCGUAAUCAAAAAUUCGAUACUGGCACCACUUCUAAUCCGUAUAUCAAAAAAUCUGCAAAACUCGCUAUCUUCGACACUUCCCGAGUUGGAGCUGAUUUACGGCCUCCUACAAACAACAUCACCUCGUCUGUCCAAGCUCCUACUUCGUCCAAGACAGGUUUCUUGAAACCGGCCGGUGUUGACGAACCCAAAGCUUCUAGUAGUGAUGCUCAUACUGCCUUAGUUAAGGAAAAGAUCAGCACAACUGCUCGUGAAAUGAAGAACAAACGAGAACGGAAAAGUUCCGCCACGCGGGCAGGUAUCGAAGAUGAUACCCCAAAGCGCAAGAAAAAGAAGCCGAAGAUUACUGCAGACUGA